AUGUCAAAGGUUUUCACUGUAGAAGCGAUUUUGUUUGGGCUCUUGGUGUUUUCUGGCAUUUUGGGAAACAUCCUGGUCAUCUAUGUGGUGUUUCAGUCAGUCACUAAGACUCCACCUCGUAGACUCCCUCCUUCGGACCUUAUUCUGGUGCACCUGUCCCUAGCUAACCUGCUGAGCUCACUUUUCCGCACAGUGCCUAUUUUUGUGUCAGACCUGGGCUUGGAUCUGUCUCUGUCCUCCGGCUGGUGCAGAGUCUUCAUGCUGCUGUGGGUGUGGUGGCGAGCCGUGGGAUGUUGGGUGACCCUGACGCUGAGUGUUUUUCAGUGCACCACACUGAGACGCCAAAAUGUGGCCUUUGGACCUAUUACUGUCCAGAGGGAGAGGCGGCGGCUCUGGGUUGUCCUGGGGGUGGUGUGGGGGGCGAACCUGGCUUUCUCUGUCCCUGCACUGGUAUACAGCACUCAUGUUAAAGGCAAUGCCACAGUGGAGCUGAUGGUGAUCAGCUCCACCACCAGGCCUCUGCUAGGCUGCGUCUGGGAGUUUCCAUCAGAAGAACAAGGCUUGGUCUUCACCUCUACUUCACUGGCAGUGAACGAAGUGUUGCCGCUGGUGCUGAUGGUUUGCACCAAUGUUGCCACACUGCACGCUUUGGCCAAGCACAUCCGAGCUGUUGCCUCAGGAGGGACCCACACUGAACUCGACAAACACCUGUCCAGUGAACGUAAGGCAGCUCGAGUGAUCAUAUCUCUGGUGUUGCUGUUUGUUGUCUGCUGGGUGCUACAGGUUGCUGCAGUAACAUACUACAACCACAACAGGGGGCACCAUGUCGAAGGGCUGCUGACUGUUUCCCAUUUUUCUUCUUCACUGUUUGUGGGAUUCAGUCCCUUGGUGGUGGCCCUGGGACAUGGAAAACUGAGGAGAAAAAUCAUAAGUAUGAUGCUAGGGUGAGCUACAAUUCUUAAAUGUCACAGUAAAGGUGCCGAAAAGCAGACUAAAUCCCCAAAGGCUCCAGAAAAGACGAGAAAUAAACCAGUUUUUGUUGUUCAAAGAGAGAUGAAGGUCAUAAAAGUGCAAGAGAAGAUUAAAUAAAAUAAAUUCUGAACAAGAGCACUCAGAGAAGAGCAAGGACUAUACUAAAACUCUCAUGUUUUAUUAUGUUUUUAUGACAACACACUGAGGUGUGACCUUUGACUCAUGACCUUAAAGCAUUACAUACUAAAACUGUGUCUUUAUUUUAUUGUCUUUACUCAUAUGUUUGGAGCAGAGUCAGGGGAAAUCUUUGGCUCCUAUAAACGGUUAAAUUUGUGAUUUUCAGAUAUAUU